GCAGAGAAUGGAGUAGCUCAAGAAAUAACUCCUUUAGAGAAGAAGAUAUGUGAACAGAUUGAAAACGUAACACUUUCAUGCAUUAUUGCAUUAUAUUUAAUUUGCCUGGAGUGCAAGUCCGGGGAAACGAGCUGGAACACUGCGUGAGCUGCGUAUCCUGGAGUAGCACGAGGGACAAGCUGGAGCACCAUGUGGGCAGUGAAUCCCGUAUUACUUCAGUGAUCACAAUUUGCUACGAGAUAAAUUUCUCAAAGAACAGAUCAAAUUGGAUGAUGGUUGGGUACCCCUGGAAACCAUGAUCAAAUUUAACAGGUUAAGCCGUUUGACGACAGAUUUUACUGUGAUAGUGGAAGGACUAAAGAAAUCAAAAAGUGGACUUCUAGAAAUAAGCGAAGACAAAACCAAAAUUCGUCGUUCUCCAAGCAAGCCUCUGCCUGAGUUUGAAGAAUAUAAAAACUCUGUGAAAGCUAGAUCUGUGUAUGUUAAAGGCUUUCCCACAAGUGCUACCCUUGAUGAGAUUAAAGGUUGGUUUGAUGAAACUGGGCCUGUGGAGAAUAUACAGAUGAGGAGAACGUUGCAGAGGCAGUUUAAGGGAUCAGUGUUUGUUGUCUUUGAUGGUGUAGAUUCAGCCACAAAAUUUGUUGAAACUCCAGGGCUGAAGUAUAAGGACAAUGAUAUGAUUGUGCUUUCCAAAGAGUCUUAUUUUGUAAAGAAAGCUGAAGAAAGGAAGCAACGUAAAACAUUAAAAAACAAGAAAAAUGAGAAAGACCACACAGGUGAUCAUGCUGUGUCGGACAUGAAAUCCUUCAAGGAAAAAUCUGGGUGCUUGCUGAAGUUUGCUGGUGACCUUGCUGAUCAGACGUGCAGAGAAGAUAUUCAUGAAAUUUUCUCCAAUCAUGGUGAAAUACAGUGGAUAGAUUUUAUAAGGGGUGCUAAAGAGGGGAAUAUCCUUUUUAAAACCAAUGCAAAGGAAGCAUUUGAAAAGGCGAAAGAAGCCCAUGGAGGAAAACUGCUGUUAAGAGAUAAAGAUGUAACUUGGGAAACGGUAGAUGGUGAAGAGGAGAAAACAAUUUUGAAGAAGAUAUUAGAAGAUCAACAGGAGUCACUGAACAAGCAAAGGACCAAAGCUCGAAGAGGUGGUAAGGGAAAUUCGGGACAACAGAGGGUGCAGUUCCAAGGCAAGAAAACAACAUUUGAGAGUGAAGAUGAAGAUCAGGGAGUGGAACAAACGAAAGAAAUUACUGUCACCAGUCCAAAGAAGAGAAUCCUUGAAGAAACUGAAACUGUAGAUGAGCCUGCAGCAAAAGAACUGAAAACAGAUCAGGUUGAUGAUCAGUAGGAUCCAAUUUGACCUGUACACCAAACGAAAUUAACCACAUGGCCUGAUCCAAGGUGUUUUAACUGUUUAAUUUUGGUCUCUGCAUUGCCUCCAAUGAAAUCUUCCAGAGGGAUGGAAUUUAUUUAAACGAAAACCGUAUGAAGUCCACUUCAAUGUCAAUCUAGAAUUUAAAAAAAAUUAAACUGUAUAUUUGAAGAUGCCUUAAGCAUGCAGUUAAGAUUUAUGUAGGUGUUUUUGUAAAAAAACAUUUACUUUUGUUAAAAGAUUGGAUUACUUUAUUGGCUGUUUAAUUAUUUCCUUGCAGGGAUUAUGUACACAAAAUUGAUACUAAUACCUUGGAAGUUUGACAGUUUUAGUCUUAAUAUUGUACUAAUGUAAAUAGUCUGCAAAUUAUUGAAUAAAACACUGAAUUAUAUAAA